AUGACACUCUUUUCAAUCACACCACUUGCACACCACCUUCUUCCGUCCUUACGGCUCUGGUUUGGUGCUGUCCAGUGGCCCUCUCAACGUGUUCCGCUUCUACUUUACAGAGCUCUCCCUGCCAUCCUGCCACUCCCGACCUCCACGACAUGUGAUCUGAACUUCACGACAUAGUGCAUAGACUAUCGCAAACGCUGGGCCAUUUAAUGCCGCGCCAUCCACGGAUAACCUUCAAGAAACCGACGACUCCCUCUGAGCGUCCUCGUCAUGUGGCAUGGACAUUCAUAUAAUCGUGAACCAAGAUAGGACUUCACAUCCCAGCAUUUCUUAGG